AAAUGACUUUGAUGCAUCCGUACGAAAAUGGAGCUCUGCACCAGGUCUACCACAAUCAUCACUCAUCUCCCUGCGAGCUUCAACGGCCAUGGAUAUCUAGCGGGAAAAUCUGUUGAUAGAAUCUCACUUCCUCUCCAGCGAAACGUUGCGUCUCUCGUUCUUCAAUCCCGUACGAGAAUUUGAGAAACCCUGUUUUUGCUUCGUGCUAUGUGAUUCACUCACUUUUGCGUAAUUGGAUUUUUCAAAACCCUAAAUUGAUGAGUAAUUUCACUUUUUUUUUUGCUAUUUCGAAUUGGAUUGUUUUCGGAUUUUAGUUUUCUAAUUAGUAUAGAUGAUGAUUCUUGAUUCCUUGCGUUUCGUCAAUAGUUUGAUUGCUUGCUUAAGUACAAUUUCAUGGUGUUUCCAUGGUUUUUAGGCACGUUGCGUUGUAGUAGAAAGUUUCCAGGAGAAACAGUUACUGAAGAAACAUCAACAGGAGUCAAUGAGUUUGGUGUGGAGGAUCGUGAUGGAGUAGUUGUUGCAGCCGAAGAGAAAAACUCGAAUAGUGAAGCUCCUCAAGCUGAAGAUGAGGAAACUCAAGCCCUAGAGUUUUUGAACGAUAUUAAGCUGGACUCAGACAAGACAUAUUCAAUCCUGCUCUAUGGGAGUGGUGCGAUAGUUGCUCUCUACUUAACGUCUGCAAUCGUCAGUUCACUCGAAGCAAUCCCUCUGUUUCCUAAGCUAAUGGAAGUAGUUGGUCUCGGAUACACACUCUGGUUCACUACCCGUUAUCUGCUAUUUAAGAGGAACAGAGAAGAACUCAAGACAAAAGUUAGUGAAAUCAAAAAGCAGGUUCUUGGGUCUGAUAGUGAGUGA